UCCAGGGGGCAGGUCUUUUCUUUCAUCUGGGACUACAGUAUUAGUAGCCAGCUGGAGAUGGCCUUGGAGGUUGUGCUUGUGGUGUGCACCGCUGCUCGGGAUGAGGAGAGGGAGCGGAAUCACAGGCAGAGCGAAUGUUUUAUUAAUUCGACAUGCAACAUUGUGUAAGUAGCUGGACUCUUCAUUUGUUGCAAACGCUGAAAAUAAUUUCUCGAUGGUAACCAGUAGCUCACUGGAGGCAGGGAAUGAAAGCUCUCGGCGAUGCUCCUCAUAGCUACACGGUUAAUAAAGGAUUUGGAAAGGAAAUGGUCAAGAUGGCAGCCCCAUUUGGAAUGUGAAGACAGACGCUGCAGUAAUACAUGCACAUGAAACAAUGGCCUUUUGAAUCGCACGAUCAAGUUGCUGCGAUCAUCAGAGAAAAGGCAGUCGACGGGACGCACGUGGAGUUCUAUCAGCAGCUGGAGGUGUGGAAUGUGAACCUUGGACACAUUUGAUUCAUUAUACAUGCUUUAAAUUAGUCUGGUGAUUGAUUGCUAAUAUUAUGCAUGAUAACCAAACGAAUAAUAGCCUAUUAUUAAUGGAAUGCAACUUUGUUGACCAGUGUAUACCGAAUACAAGCAAGAAACCAAGGAGGGGAAUAUGGCUGAAGUAUCACACAAUGAACCACUCUCUCAGGAUAUUGACAUCGAUCCAGACUUUGAGCCCCAGAAACGACCAAGGUCUUGCACCUGGCCUCUGCCUCGACCAGAGUCCAAUGCAGGGAAGCCCGAAUCAAACGAUGACAUCAUUCCCGAGGAAGAGGAUGAUGAUGUCACAGCACCCAGCAGCUCUAGUUCGUUUACUGUCAAUAAUGUGAAUGGUGGCAUAGCCAUACAUCAGAACACAAAGAACUCUUCUAAACACCCGUGCUUCACCACCACCACUAAGGAAGAAGUACUAAACCCCACUUCCAAAGAGGAGGGGAAUGACGUCGAUGGGUCCUCCUUGUCCACACAGACGCAUGCAGUCUCAGCUCUCAAUGGCCUGGCCUCCCAACCUAGGAAGUCCUCAGCUAGGAGGAAUGCCUGGGGGAACUACUCCUAUGCGGACCUCAUCACCCAGGCCAUAGAGAGCUCCCCGGACCAGAGGCUGACAUUAUCCCAGAUCUAUGAGUGGAUGGUGAGGUCUGUCCCUUACUUCAAGGACAAAGGAGACAGCAACAGCUCUGCAGGCUGGAAGAACUCCAUCCGACACAACCUGUCUCUCCACAGUCGUUUCAUGCGGGUGCAGAAUGAAGGAACGGGGAAAAGUUCCUGGUGGAUGGUCAACCCUGAGGGCGGGAAAGGCGGCAAAGCUCCACGACGACGGGCCGUAUCCAUGGACAACAGCAACAAGCUGAUCAAAGGUGCUCGAGGCCGCGCCGCCAAGAAGAAAGCAUCUCUAGGCCUACAGGCCGUCCAAGAUGGCAGCUCCGAGAGUUUAUCCUUAUCCUCUAGCUUGUCCAAGUGGACAGGAAGUCCCACGUCUCGCAGCAGCGACGAACUGGAUGCCUGGACGGACUUCAGGUCUCGCACCAACUCCAACGCCAGCACAAUCAGCGGGCGCCUUUCCCCCAUCCUGGCCAACCCAGAGCUGGACGAGGCGCUGGAUGACGACUCCAUUUCUCCCCUCUCCCCCAUGCUCUACUCCAGUCCCAGCAGUUUGUCCCCCUCCACCGGCCCCCUAGGUCUGGCCGACCUAGCCCUCACUAUGAACCUCAAUGAUGGGCUCCCUGACGAUCUGAUGGGCGACCUUCUGGACAACAUCAGCUUGACGGCGUCCCAGCAGCCCCUGGGGCAGGAGGUGGAGAGCGGAGGACCCAAUCAGAUGGGGAGCUCAGUGUUAACCUUCAGCUGUUCAGGAGGUGGUAGUAGUAGUCUGGGCAUCCCAUCCUCCGGCAGCUACGGGUCUGCCAUCUCCAUCUUCCAGCUCAGCCCCCCGUCCUCCUCAGUGACCUCCCUACGCCAGUCCCCCAUGCAGACCAUCCAGGAGAACCACCAAGCUUCCUUCUCCUGCCUGUCCUCUCGUUUCAACCACCACCACGCCCUACAGGACCUGCUGAGCCUGGAGACACAUGGCAGCCAUGUCAGCGACAUCAUGCUCACGCACUCUGACCCACUGAUGUCACAAGCCAGCGCCUCUGUCACUUUGUCCCAGAAUUCCCGGCGGAAUGCCAUGCUGCUUCGCAAGGACCCUAUGAUGUCAUCAAACUGGGACGGUGCCGCGGGUCUGAAUUCCCAGACUUCCUUAAUGCCUGGUUGGCGGGCUCAGGCUGGCUUGUCUACACCGAGCAAUGAAGUGUUGUGCUCAAGCAAUGACUUGGACCAGCAGGCCAAGCAGCUUCUCCAGCACCUACCGUCUCCCAGUAGAAACUCUUCUAUGCAGCUUGGUGGCUCUGGUACCAACAACAGCACCUCUGAAAACCCAUUUCAGUUGAUCGCUCCAGACCGCUUUCCCAUCCCUGACGAUCUGGAUUUGGACGUGUUCAACAGCAGCCUGGACUGUGACAUGGACACUAUCAUCCGUAAUGAGCUGAUGGACGCUGACUGCAUUGAUGAUUUGUGAAUACAGGCCCAGGACUGUGGAGCUCUGUUUAGUCUCUGUGUUGGGAGUUGAGACAGGAACCAUCCGUAUUAUCAGUGGGAUUUUAGUAAAUGUGAAGUUAAAAUGUGAAAUAGACACUUAUUUUAAGUCUCAGGGAUUUAUCCUUAUGUGGUGAUUUGUAAACACUGAUAUUAAAAUGUUUUUUUAUUUUAUUUUUA